UGGUCUGGGAGCCGCUGCAAUGGAGCUGGUGGUGGUGUGUGCGCGCACAGGUGCCACAGGCCGGUGGCGCGGAGAGCUAUCGCGUUAGCCUGCCGAGCUCAACACUCUCACCAGAGUGUUGAAGCCCUAGCUGCAGCCGAGACUGGGCAACCCCCAGAUUGAGCUAUAAGAGGAAGAGUCCAAGGAAAGGGCGCGAAGGGAGACGCAGGCGGCAGUAGCAGUAGCCGCUUCAGCGGAGACGGAGAUGGGCAGAGAGCGCGCGAGGCGCAGCAGCUCCAGAUCCACGGCUCUCCCCGCCCUCAGUUCCCUGCGCCCCCGCCGCCGCUGUCGCUGCCUUGGUGUCCCCCGACUCCAGUCCCGCUCCUAGGACAGCGCCGCCACCGCCGCCCGGCCCUGCCUGCAGCCUGCGCCGCGCAACCCUCGCGUGCGCCCCGGAUGGCGCUUUCCCCCCAGGACUGGUUUAGAAUGUAAUAACUCAAGAAUUCAAUAACACAGUGGAAUAGUUGAACAACUGUCUAUGUGCUUCCCAUGAUAUGUUCUCUGUAUUAAAAAAUUAUGACAUCAACAUCCAAAGGAAUUCUCCGCCCAUUUUUAAUUGUCUGCAUUAUCUUGGGCUGCUUCAUGGCAUGUCUGCUUAUUUACAUCAAGCCCACCAACAGCUGGAUUUUUAGUCCAAUGGAGUCUGCCAGCUCAGUGCUAAAAAUGAAAAAUUUCUUCUCCACCAAAACUGAUUAUUUUAAUGAAACUACUAUUCUGGUGUGGGUGUGGCCAUUUGGGCAAACCUUUGACCUUACAUCCUGCCAAGCAAUGUUCAACAUCCAAGGAUGUCAUCUCACAACAGACCGUUCACUGUACAACAAAUCUCAUGCAGUCCUGAUACAUCACCGAGACAUCAGUUGGGAUCUGACUAAUUUACCUCAGCAGGCUAGACCGCCCUUCCAGAAAUGGAUUUGGAUGAAUUUGGAAUCACCAACUCAUACUCCCCAGAAGAGUGGUAUUGAGCAUUUGUUCAACCUGACUCUAACAUACCGCCGUGACUCAGACAUCCAAGUGCCUUAUGGCUUCUUGACGGUGAGCACAAACCCCUUCGUGUUUGAAGUGCCAAGCAAAGAGAAGUUGGUGUGUUGGGUUGUAAGUAACUGGAACCCUGAGCAUGCCAGGGUCAAGUAUUACAAUGAGCUAAGCAAAAGUAUUGAAAUCCACACCUAUGGGCAAGCAUUUGGAGAAUAUGUGAAUGAUAAAAAUUUGAUUCCUACCAUCUCUACUUGUAAAUUUUAUCUGUCUUUUGAAAACUCAAUCCACAAAGAUUACAUCACAGAAAAGCUCUACAAUGCUUUUUUGGCUGGCUCUGUACCUGUUGUUCUGGGACCAUCUAGGGAAAACUAUGAGAAUUAUAUUCCAGCAGAUUCAUUCAUUCAUGUGGAAGAUUAUAACUCUCCCAGUGAGCUAGCAAAGUAUCUGAAGGAAGUCGACAAAAACAAUAAGUUAUACCUUAGUUACUUUAACUGGAGGAAGGAUUUCACUGUAAAUCUUCCACGAUUUUGGGAAUCACAUGCAUGCUUGGCUUGUGAUCAUGUAAAAAGGCAUCAAGAAUACAAAUCCGUUGGUAAUUUAGAGAAAUGGUUUUGGAAUUAAAGUUUUUCCAUCAUCUGCACAUUUAGUAAAAUACUUUGAUGAGAUAUCCAAAUUUUGAGGAUAUGAAGAAAAACAACACUGUUUUCAUGUCACAACUUAUUUUUAUCACUUUCUCUUGGGUAACAUGUAUAUUUUGAUGAAGAUUUUUAAGAGCUCAGCAUUAGCUAUCAUUCCAUUUGGUUUUAAAUUAUCUUGUAUAUACUUAAUUAUGUGCACUGAAAAAAUAAUUUAUUCUUCACUAUCAUUUAUAAACAUUCUUUUUCAUAUUUUUGUAGUAGUCUAUAAUAUGUUUAUGAUUUGAUUAUUCUUUUUACACUGAUCAGCUCUUUAAUCAUUUUGGGAAAUUAAGAUGCACAUCUUAAAAUAUGAAAGAUUUUUCUAAAUAUUAUAAUCUCUAGUUCCAAGUUUGCAUAAUGUUAACAAAGGAAGAAUGUACUAUAAUUGAAUUAUAUAACCUCUGUGACUUCAGAGUUGAACAAAGUAUGUAACUGUCUAUUUGAUCAAUGUUUACCUGUUUGGGGCAUUUGUGAAAGAAAAAUUAUUCACAUAUUGAAUAAGAAAGAUUUGAAGCAGAACUGUUCUAUUCAGGGAGCUGUUGGACCUCAAUUUUAUUUUCAUUAAGUUGACUGGCAAAUGCAACCACCUAUUCUCAUGAUCUUAACUUAAAGUGCUCAAGAAUUUUUAAAUGUCAGAUUUGUUGUGAUUUUCAGUACCUGGGAAAUAAUCCUAAUAACACUUAAGAAAAUCUAGGAUAGUGCUCUUCCCAAUCCUAAUAACACUUAUUUUUAAAAUAUAGCAAGUAACAAAGAAACAGGUAGCUAUAGGUAUAUUGCAUUCAUAAAUGGUACUAUUUAUGUUUAAUUUUUAAUUACUUAUAAGUUUAAAAUAUUUUUCAGAAACCCAAAUAUUUAAAACAGUUUUAUUUUACCAUAUGGACAAAUAAAUAAAUAUAACAUUUGAAAUAUCCGUUCUAUCACUUAAGAGAAUCUAAAUAAACUAUCAUCAAUGUAUGAAGUAUAAGUGGGUAAAUAUAAUAAAAUGAGGAUCUAUAGGAAACACACAUUGCUAACACAGAGUAGGAUCUUUUUGCAUAUUUGUUAAAUGAAGAAAUAAAUAACAUUGAAAGUUAUGGGGAAAUUUUUGUUUGUUUCAAUGAAGUGACAGUUCUAGCCUAGUGGUACUAAUUUAUGGAGAUAAUGUUUUAUAUACCAUUUUAGUAAUUGUUCAUACAUAGCACCUAUGACUAGAGUCUUCAUGGUUUUCUAGAACCAACAUAAACCUACUAUGACACUAAAUUUUUUGGAGAAUUUAUCACUGAACUUCCAUCUGCCUAUAGUAUUUCUCCCCCAUAGUGUUAGAGAAAGGAAGAGCUAGAUAUAAGCAGAAAUAGUGGAUAAGAAUAGUAAAUGCUAAAGAUUCUUUAAGGAAAGCAUUCUACAAAGGAAUAUCCAGUGAUUUUAUUCCACUAUAACCAAAAAUCAUAAAAUGAAUUAGAUUAUUCUGAUGGCAUCCACAUUGAUGUAUUUGUGCCUUAUUUUAGUAGUCUUUCUGCAUGUUGGUAUCAGCAUUCAACCCCCAAUUUUAUACACCUGAUAGAAAAUAGAGACAAAUUUCAAUUCAGUAAGAAGGAAGUAUGCCCAACAAUCAAAACUGCUUUAUGGAGAGAAUGACUCUUCCUUGCACUGCAAGGAUUUGAGCAAAGGAAGUUGCUUGCAUUGAAGAGAGGAUCUUUUCUUUCUCAGGUUUAUUUCUUUAACCACAAGUGAAUAAAUAGGUACUUGGUGUCAGGCAGUUCCCACACCACCACAGGAAGAUGAAAAGGGUACUAUCUGCCUUAAGGAGCUCACAAGCAGAGAGACAAAGGAAAGUUUCCUUUCAAUUUCAGCCUGAGUCUGUUUAUACACAUACUACUCUCAACAGAGUUUAUGUGGUUCACUGUUGAGUUAAUGCAAAAAAAAAAAAAAAACGCAUUAGCAAAGUUUCCCAAUUGUUUAGCAACAUGACAUGUGUCUCAGCUGAAGACUUUGUCUACUCAUUUGGUUUCCUUUAUGUUACCUCUUUUUUCCAUGUACUUCUCUUUAUUAUAAAAAAAAAAAGCAUGUUUGCAUGUAUGACUUAUUAGUCAAGACAUCCACUUAAAUUUAUUUUAUUGUUAAAAUAGUCAAAUUUGUACAUGUACAUUUAUUUGUCAUUUAUAGUUAUAGAGAAGAGGGAUCUAAAGAAAAUGCUAAUACAUUUAGAAAGUCCCAGCUUUCUCUGAAAGCUGAAAAGCUUUCAAGGUCACUUCAACCUGCCAUUGCUAAAGUGGAUGCUGAUUAUUUUAAGUACUUGAAACACAUGAGUGAAGUUGCCUCUACUGUUGACUAGGAAACUGAACUCCUUCUUUUAUCCUUUAUAUUUUAUGACUAUAAUUAUAUGCUGAUAAUAUGAACUAAGCCAAGACAAUAAGUGUUUAACUGGUGCAUCUGCAUACGCAAACCCCUAACCAAGUCCCAUAAUAAUAAUUUUUUUAAUUUGAAGUGCCAAAAGGAAUGAAGCCUUCACUUAGGGAUCCACUGAUCUGUGAGUUUUCAGGCAGGAUAAACUUAUAGUAAUGUUUAUAAGCCCAUUUCUUCUUUUUAUAUGUGAACUAAUUCGAUCCAAAGAUAUUAGUUAUUCAAGAUAGGCACACGCGCACACACACACACACACACACACACACACACACACACAGAGGCAUGUGAACACAAUCAUAAUUACGAUCUUUGCACUCCCACCUUAUCAUAGAAGUAUGUCUCAAUGCCUAUAUAUGUGAAUGUCUGUUGGAAUUGUUUAGGGACUACAGGAUGGUAUAUUGUGUGAAAGAACUUCAUUUUUUGAAGGUAUACAGUAAAUAAAAGAUGAAACUUGCUAGCAUUUCUUUCUGGUUUAAAUAUUUUAGGAAUUGAGCUUUAAUAUAUGAAAAUGGGCUCUCAUUGUAUUUAAGUGAAAUGCAACCAUCAAAAGGUACAUGAUUCUUAACCUCUUUAAUAAAUCCUGUGGAUUGCAAUUCUUCCUAAGGAUAUCUUAUGUAAAAUACUUAUUGAUUCAACAAAAUUGCCUUAUGGAUGGAUAAAAAAAAACAAGUAAUUUUGCCCAGUGAUAUAUUAUAGAUAUAAAAACAGAACAGGUCAUUUAAAAUGUUUUAUUUCAAAAUAUCAAAAAGCUAUUACCAUCAAUGGUUUGAAUAUUUAAGUAUUAAUUAUUAAACAUCUUAUUAGUAAGAAUAUAUAAAAUUUAUUUAUUAUGGGUUUUGCUAAUAAGAAUAUAUAUUGAAUUGUUCAUAUCAUACAGUAUUACACUGUGAGAGGGAAAAACUAUGAUAGUCACAUAUUUUAUAUCAGCCAUAAAUUUGACAAUAUGAAGUAGAAACAGAAAAAUUAUCUUAGUGGGAAACUGAUAUCAACUUAAAAUUUUUAUGUUUACUAUAAAGUUCCUGAUAAUCCUAUAAUGUGCAGAAAUGAAACUUCAAAAUAUUUCAUAUUAUUUGAGGUAAAAUGUCACAGAAUAUUUAGGAAUUAUUUACUGAGACUAAAUUCUUGCCUCCAAUUGAAGAUUAAAUAUGAAAAUAAUAGGAAAAUUUUUGGCUUAUAUCAAACUAGAUUCCAUGAUUCUUAAGGUGAUGGCCUGGAAAGUGAUUUUGCAUUAACUAAUGUUUCCCAAACAAGUUUUAGGUCCUUCCCUUAUUACCUCAUGCUUGAUCAUAUCUUUGAGUUCCUUUAAACUCUGAUCUCAUUUAGGGGAACUUCCUGACAAAUUAUAAUUAAGUUGUUAAAUAAAACCUUUCAGAAUCUAAAAGAUUAGUGUGGUGUGUAUUAUGGAGGAGGAUCUCAACAAAUACUUGUUGAAUUAACAAAUAAAUAUCAUUCAUGAUCAUAAAAAUAUUUUUAAAAUUUAGUAACAGUACCAGUUUAUUGGUACCGAUUUUACUUCCUUUCUUACCACAUUCUAAGACUCCAAAAGAAGUAACAUUGCAAGAAAUAUUAAAUAGGAUUUGGAACUUGUAGCAUUCUAUUCAAAUAUUAAUAACAUACCAACUGUUUCUAAUAGAAAAGAAAAUGAGUAUUUAAGGAGAAUAUAAAAUGCAAGCACUGUGAAGGGCAGAUAUUUAUUACUGAACUACACAGGGAGAGAAAUACAGUUUAUUUCCUUCCUAACUCCCUAACUGCAUUCUGUUGUAUUACAAACAUCAAUCAAUUAAGAUGAUUUUGUUUUUCCAGAUGUCUCACAUCCAAAGACUCUGUAGCAUUUUGUAAGUGGGCAAGCUCCACUACUAUCCAAAUGACUUCUUCUCUGUUAUUCAUAUUAAAUGCAUCCAUAUUCAUAAGAACUUUAUAAAAAAAAUUUAACAGAACUUAAAUGAAAGAUAGUCUGCUAAAUCAUAAAUAUGAAUAAUGCUACUCUGGGUUAUUAGUUCAACUAAUUGCAAUUUUGAGGAAGCCACUUAACCUCUCUGGACCUUUUUGUUUGUAUGGUUCUGUCUAGCAUUACUGCUCUCUAAUCUAAGAUCUAAACUGAUUUAUGCACGAAUUUGAAAAUGAAAUUUUGAUGACCAUCUCAAAAUAAUUUUUGGACAUAAACAUUCCUAAAAGACUUCCUUCUUAUUUCUCUGUAUAAGCAGUUAAAGCAUGAAACUGAUUGUUUAAGCUAAUGUGUAGAAAAAAAAAAACAUAAUCUUGCUUCUUUACUGGAGUGUGGAAUACAGCAAGUG